UUUAUCUUAUGAACUACGAGUCGAUAUCGGAAUGGUGCGUAAGUCCUGGAAUGUGCCACAAAAUAUUAUAUUGAGUGCCCCCGAAAGCUUAGCCGGAGCAUCACAGAUAGACAUUGAACAUUCCCAGUCUGAUUCGAGCAAGCUCUUGAGGCCCCCGCUUUGGGGCUCAGUGCGCCUCACAUAUUCGAUAUGUGCCUUCAUCUCGAUGACCUUGCAUGUGGCCAUGCGCAAUAUGCUGGGCCUGGUGGUGCUGCGAAUGGUUCACCCGAGAUCUGAGGAUGAGUUACAGCUGCUGUCCAAUGCUACUAAUAGAAAUGUUACUGCAAGAGACGCUCUUUGUGAAAGUGGUAGCGCUCUGAACGAGACAGAUGUUCAAAAUAUAAGAACGGGAGAUUUGGUUUGGACUCGCGCCCAAGAGCUCAUAUUUCCGGGCACCUUCUACUAUGGCUAUAUUUUAGCAUUGCCGCUGGCUGGCCAUCUGUCCGACAGAAUGGGCGGCAAGCUAUUGUUCAUCAAUUCUCUCACAUUACAAUCGCUGACGUAUCUGGCUCUUCCUCCUAUGGCACAUCUAAGCUUCAGUGCGGCCGUGGCGAAUCUUGUGGUGUCCGGAUUCUUGGCAGGCUGUGGCAAUCCGCCGCUGUAUCAACUUUUCACUGUCUGGGCACAUCCCACGGAACGGACUUCGUUGCUAUCAUUCGCCUACAGCGGACUCACAGUCGGCACUAUGCUCAUCUAUCCUGUGGCCAAUUUUCUCUCGCGCUAUGGCUGGGAGACGCCUUUCUACGUGCUUGGCAGCAUAUCCCUUUGCUUUGGGAUUGCCUGUUGCUGGCUCAUUUACAAUACUUUGGAUGACCACCCGCGGCUAUCGGCCAAGGAGAAGGCUUAUUUACAAUCAGAACUGGCCGGUCGAAUUUGUCCAACGAGUAUCCCUUGGCGCGCUGUCCUUACCUCCAUUCCGGUUCAUGCAUUUGUCCUGACUCACGCAUUCAACAAUUACGGCUAUAUAAUGCUCGCUCUCCUCAUGCCACGAAUCUUGCACGAAUCGAUGAAUUUCAAGCUCAAGGAUGUUGGUGUUUUAGCGACCGCACCCUAUUUAGGCAGCCUGAUCUCCAAAGUGGUCUGCAUUGGCCUUUGCAGCUAUGCGGAGAGGCAUGUGCGUGCCCGUCUGAAUAGCUUGCGUCGAUAUUUGUUCAGCAUCUGCAUUAUCAUAGCAAUUGGUUGUAUUUCUGGCAUUAUCUAUGCGAGUUGUGAGCAAAAAAUACUGGUCGUUGUGCUUUUCGUAAUACUGGGUGGAGUCUCCGAUCUUGGCUACAACGGUGGCUAUUGGCCCACACUGUUAUAUUUCGCGCCCUCCUUUACUGGCCUAAUUCUGGGCCUAGCCAACUGCUUUGCACACAUAUGUGGCGCUAUGGCUCCAUAUGUAGUCACAGCGAUGGUAAAAACGGGCACCAAGUCGGAGUGGAAUACUGUAUUGGUGACCCUGAUUGGAGCCUAUGGCUUGGCUAUGAUUGUAUUCGGCACCUGUGGCAGCUCAACCCUACAGUCAUGGGAUCCACGAAGCCAACAAAAACCAAACAAAACAGAAAAUAAAUCCAAGCCGAAAAAGGACGUUUUUCGAAUUAUUUAGAGCUUUUGCAAUUUAUUAACUAAUUUAAAUAAAUGUUGUUUGACUGAA